AAACUUUAAAUAUUUAACGAAAUUAUCAAUAAAUAUUAAAUAUAUUAUAAAUGGAUAAAUUUUGUGACAAUUUAAAUAUAAAUCCUUGCACAAGUGAAAUCAAAAAUUUCAAGACACUGGAUAACAAGGUUCCCAAAACGAAAUAUAAUAAAACUUUUGUUUAUGAAACCACUCAUCUGUAUUCGAAACAAAAUACUACUCUUGAAGAUGACGACUAUAUAGCAUAUGCUAAAUAUGGCGCUAAAUUUUGGGAUCAACCUACGUAUAUAGUUUCUAAUACUCCUGACAGCCCCCCUCUCAUUUUUAAAGCUCCGAAAAUGGAACUAUUUCUUAAAGCCAAAAAAUUUUACGAUAUGGCUGCUCCUAUUUUCAAAAUUUGUGACUUAGAACACGAGGAAAAUCAGAAAAUAUUCACAUCCUUUUAUAUAUAUUAUUCGCAGUUGCUUGAAAGUUUAAGGAUAUAA